AUGGAGCUCUCCUGCUUCGGCAGCCACCUGGGCUGGGCUGCGUGUGUGCUGGUGCUGGCCCUGCUCCUCCGAGCCAGGAGAAAGGGCGCCUGGCUCCCCCGCAUGUCUCCCACUGACCUGACGGGCAAGACAGCCAUUGUCACUGGAGCCAACUGCGGGAUCGGGAAAUACGUGGCCUUGGACCUGGCCCGCAGGAACGCCCGCACCAUCCUCGCCUGCCGCAGCAGAGAGCGGGGGCAGGCGGCGGUGGAGGAAAUCCAGAGGGCCACCGGGAACCCAAACGUGCUUCUGAGGAUCGUGGACAUCAGCAACAUGGCCUCCGUCCGGCGCUUUGCCAAGCAGAUCCGGCAGGAGGAGAAGCGACUGGACAUCCUGGUCAAUAACGCCGGAGUCACAGGUUUGCCGUUCUCCAUCACCUCCGAGGGGCUGGAGCAGACGUUCGCCACCAACUACUUGGGCCCUUUUCUUCUGACCAAUUUGCUUCUGGACACCAUGAAGGGCUCCGCUCCCGCCCGCAUCGUGAACGUCUCGUCCUUCAGACACGUCGGGGGCAUGGUCAACGUGAAGCACCUGGCCGGGGAGGAGAGGCCCAAGAACUUUGACCAGUGCUACAGUAGCACCAAGCUCAUGAACAUCCUGUUCACCAACGAGCUGGCCAGGAGGCUGCAGGCCACAGGGGUGACGGCCAAUUCCCUCAACCCCGGCAUCGUGAGGACAGAAAUCAUGCGCCACUUCAACUGGCUGAUUCGCCUGCUCUUCAGCAUCGCCAGCAUCUUCUUCAUGUCCGCCGAGGAGGGAGCAGCCAGCACCAUUUACUGCGCCGUCUCGGAGGAGGUCGCAGACAUCACGGGGAAGUACUUCGACAGUGACUGCAGGCUGGUGCUGCCCUCUGCGGCUGCCCGCGACCCGGGCCUGGAGCGCAAGCUGUGGGAGGAGUCGGAGCGACUGACAGGCCUCACGGAGAGCGGGCGCAUGUGA